AUGCACUCGUCGCCCAAAAGAACAACUAGUAACCACGAUAGCUUCUCGCCUAAUUCGGGUGGGUUGUCCUAUGAGGGAAGCAACAAGCCCCUAUAUAUAAGCGAUGACGAGAUUGAUCAAGAUUUAGGUGAAAAAGAGUCAUCGCCACCAAUCGAUAAUGAUAAUGAAAGCAUGGCGUCCUCCACAGCCCAUUUUUCAUAUCUGGAGGAAAAGAUGAUGCAGGAACAUGACCACAAAUUGAGAGCUUUGCAAUCAUUAGGCAAUUCUUCCAAAGUUGAAAAGGAUACUGCGGGUAUCAACGACAGACAUAGAAGGAGCAGUGUUGCCGAAUUUGUGAUCCCUCCUCCACCUUUUGCACCACUUCAGGAGGGCGGACAAAGUCCAACAGAAUCCAAGUAUAGCUAUGACCCGACCACUAACUCUCUUUCGCCAUCUGCAGUUACUGAUGGAAUGAGGAAAAUUGCCUUGAACAAACCGCAUUUUAAAUUAGGGCGCAUUUUAGAAGAUGAUCAUAACGCUACAGAUGAGGCACCUUCGGAAGAGCUCAUUCAAAUUUAUCGCAAUAUCAAGACUUGUGUGGAACUAAGAAAAAAGUACCAGGAUUCGUCGCUCCAGAACUUUUCUGAUAACCCCAAGAAUCACCCUUCUUGGAAAAUAUACCCUCCACCUCCAGGACCUAAAUGGACCACACAGCAAUCUGAUCCUAAAACAUUCAAGAAAUGUGCCUCUGAAGAUGAUCUGAAUGAUGCCCUAAAAUUCAAGUUUGAGGAGUGUACUAUCCCAGGGGAAGAUACUUAUGUUGACUUUGUCUUGGACAGUGAGGAUGUUUUCCAGAUAGUCGAUUCAAUCAGUGGAGAAAAACUUUCCAAUAUUCCAACUAUAAAGGAAUAUUAUAUGGACUUGGAUGCUAUAACUGCCAUGGCAUCAGAUGGGCCGGCGAAAUCAUUUGCAUUCAAGCGUUUGCAAUAUUUGGAAGCCAAAUGGAAUUUGUAUUCGCUUUUGAACGAAUACCAAGAAACUGCAGAAUCUAAAAAGAAUCCACAUAGAGAUUUUUAUAACGUUAGAAAGGUUGACACUCACGUUCAUCAUUCUGCAUGUAUGAAUCAAAAGCACUUGCUUCGAUUCAUCAAACACAAGAUUAGACACCAUCCAAAAGAGAAGGUCAUCUACAGAGAUGGAAGAGUUCUUACAUUAGAGGAAGUAUUUCAGUCUUUGAAUUUGACCGCCUACGACCUAUCAAUUGAUACCCUAGAUAUGCAUGCUCAUAAGGAUACCUUCCACAGAUUUGAUAAGUUCAAUUUAAAGUACAACCCGAUUGGAGAAUCUCGUCUACGUGAGAUAUUUCUCAAGACUGAUAAUUAUAUCAAAGGAAAAUACUUGGCGGACAUAACCAGGGAAGUGUUUGAUGACGUUGAAGAUUCUAAGUAUCAAAUGAUGGAAUAUCGAAUUAGUAUUUAUGGUAGAUCAAUUGACGAAUGGGACAAAUUAGCUGCAUGGGUAAUUGAUAAUAAGCUCAUCAGUCACAAUGUUAGAUGGUUAAUUCAAGUUCCAAGAUUGUACGAUAUCUACAAGAAAAGCAAUGCUAUCACAACUUUCCAAGAUAUAACACACAACUUGUUCUAUCCAUUAUUUGAAGUCACGAAGAACCCUCAAACUCAUCCUAAAUUGCAUGUGUUCUUGGAACGAGUGAUUGGUUUUGAUUCUGUCGAUGACGAAUCCAAGGCGGAUAGAAGAUUUCACAAAAAGUACCCCACUCCAAGAUACUGGAAUACGCCGAAUAAUCCUCCGUAUUCUUACUACCUGUAUUAUCUAUAUGCAAAUACUGCUUGUCUAAAUCAUUGGAGAAACAAAAGAGGAUUUAGUACUUUUGUGCUGCGACCACACUGUGGUGAAGCUGGGGAUCCAGAGCAUCUUAUCAGCACAUUCUUAACUUCGGAGGGUAUUUCUCAUGGGAUCAUGUUGAGAAAGGUACCGUUUGUCCAAUAUUUGUUCUACUUAACUCAAAUUCCAUUGGCCAUGUCUCCACUGUCAAAUAAUGCUCUAUUUUUAAACUACGAUAAGAACCCAUUCUACACAUACUUCAAACGAGGUUUGAAUGUGACUCUAUCUACAGAUGAUCCCUUGCAAUUCUCAUACACCAGGGAACCACUGAUUGAGGAGUACUCUGUGGCAGCUCAAAUCUACAAAUUAUCGAAUGUGGAUAUGUGUGAACUGGCAAGAAAUUCUGUUUUGAUGUCUGGAUUCGAAUACCAGCUUAAAAGACAUUGGCUAGGAAAAAAUUUCACCGAGAAUGGUGUUGGAGGUAACGAUAUUGAAAAGACCAAUGUUCCUGACAUUAGAAUUGCUUACAGGGAGGACACAUUGAACGUCGAAAGGGCAUUAGUAGAUACAUAUUCGAAAUCUUGA